AUCGAGUUCCACCCCAGCAGCAACCGACCUCAGUUUUGCAUUCUGCACACAGGUUCUGGCCAGCCACCCUGGGACCAUCUGGAACCAGUCAUGUCAUUCUGAAAACAGCCUCGAAAAGUGGUUUCUAUUCGACCUGCUGCGAGCCCGUUGCCGAGUCGCACUUCUAUUCCAAUGUGGUCAUUCGGCACGACUAUGACUAUGGCAAACGAUCGCGACCCCAACCGAGAGCCUAGGGCAUCCUCGCCUAGAGACACAAUUGCUCCGCCCCAGACAAACAUCCGACCGGACACACGCUCACCCAUCCUAUCGCAACGAUCAUUACGGCAACUGGGCCUGUUUUUCGCAGGAGCCGGCUUCCUCUCACUCGCGACACUGGUCACGCGGCGAGCCGUUGUACGGAAACAGAGGGCGACGAUACCGAGAUUCUACCAACCGAGCAACGGACCCGUCAGCAAGAUCGACUCAGACGGCUCCUUCAUCGCCGUCGAAGCCCUCGGCCUGGCAACACUCAAUGUCAUAAGCUUCGGGAUUAUGGCCACAGGCGGUCUCGCAUGGGCAUUCGACAUAUCAAACAUUGGGGACUUGAGGCAAUUGGCCCGGAAAAGUAUUGGCGGAGAAGGGGGAGGAAGGACAGAUGAGGAAGCCGAGCGAGACGUCGAGGAAUGGGUUGCCAAGGUGUUGCUGAGGAGAGAUGAUAUAGAUAAGGAAAAGGCCACCAAGCCGCCCUUUCAUAAGGGCGAGUAGCUGGUCCACGUAUGCGAUGGGUCUUCGCUGCGACCAUUUCUUCAGCAAGGGAGGACCCUGUACGUUUAGUUAUCGCCUCAUUGCGCUGGACUCAAGUCGACUUCCAGCUUGAAAGGAAAGAAACCCCAUUGCUUGGAUGGCAGUGACUAUGGUAUAUAUUGGGUUUAGUCAGCGCUACACCCCUCAGAGCCAUAAGAUGCUUGACUGUAUAAUAAACCACACAUACACUGUAAGAGAUAGUCUAAUCUCACCGUGCAACUCUGAUGCAAAG